AUGGGACGCAAGAGGGUAGUGGGGCCCGAUGGCAUACCUAUCGAAGUUUCGAGAUGCUUGGGAGAGAGAGGGGUUGUAUGGUUAACAACUCUUUUCAACAAGAUUGGGGGAAGUAAUAGGAUGCUAGUAGAGUGGAGGAAAAGUACUAUCAUGCCCUUGUACAAGAAUAAGGGUGAUAUCCAGGAUUGUUCCAACUAUCGAGGAAUCAAACUAAUGAGUCAUACUAUGAAACUUUGGGAGAGGAUUAUUGAGCAAAGAUUAAGGAGAACUGUGAAGAUUUCGGAAAACCAGUUUGGAUUUAUGCCUAGGAGACCGACUAUGGUGGCUAUCCAUCUUAUAAGGAAACUAAUGGAGAAUUAUCAAGAUAAGAGGAAAGAUUUACAUAUGGUUUUCAUUGAUUUGGAGAAGGCGUAUAAUAAGGUACCGAGAGAAAUUCUUUGGUGGGAAUUAAGUAGGAAAAGAAUUCAGAUGAAGUAUAUUGAUACCAUCAAGGACAUGUAUAAGGGAGUUAGCACGAGUGUGCGUACUAAUGUUGAAGGAGUGGAAGGUAAGUUGGAGUUAUGGAGACAAACUUUUGAAUCUCGGGGUAAUAGGCUGAGUAGAAACAAGACGGAAUAUAUGGAGUGUAAGUUUAUUGGAGUCCAAGACAGAGAGACAGGGGAGAUUAUCUUAGAUGGGAAAAUUGUCCAAGGAUCUGAAAUGUUUCGUUAUUUAGGAUCUAUUAUCCAAAAGAAUGGGGAAUUGGAUGGCAAUGUGGCUCAUAGAAUCAAAGCAGGGGAGUCUGACCUCGGUAUCCUAGGGAAUUGUCUAAGGGAAUUCGAUAAGCUUUUCAAUGUUGUGAGUUGCCCAGAGAACCUUAGGGUUAAUAGUGUUGUGUACCACAUUAGGAAUGAAGUUGAUUUAUGGUGGCAAAGGAGUGAGAAUGACUUGAGUUCCUUACCAAAAUUUGGGUGGGAAUCCUUCAAGACUUCUCUAAGGAACAAGUUUUACCCACCAUACUUGAAGAAGGACAAACCCUAA